AUGGCGAAUAAGUUCAGAAAUACACUAGAUUUUCCAACACAAGGACAAAAUACUUUGGAUAAUUGUGAUCCUGAUGGAUCGGCCGGUGAAGAAGACAGCGAUCCUUGCUGGGGUCGUCUCUUAAGUAUAAAUAAAUUGUUCACAUCGAUUAAUUUAUACGAGAACGAAUAUUCUCUUGGUCGUAAUGCAAAAUGUAAAAUUGUGUUAGAUUCACCAUUAAUUCAACAAUCCAAAUACUUUUUAGCCUAUUCAAGUGUUCAUUUCAAAAUUACUCGUGAACAAACGGGAUCACAUACAUACACUUAUUUACAAGAUACAAGUUCUAACGGUACAUUUAUUAAUGGAGACAAAGUCGGUAAAAAUAAUCGACAUGUAUUACAAAAUAAUGCUGAAAUAGCAUUAGCAUCAAAAAGUAAUCGUGUAUACGUUUACAUCGAUAUUAGUGCCAAAGAAGAUAUAACAAUACCGCCUGAAAUCAGAGAAAAAUAUAUGAUGUCAAAGGAAAUUGGACGUGGUGCUUAUGGUGCAGUUAGAUUAGCAUUUAUGAAAGGUACAUGCGAGCGUUUUGCAAUAAAAAUAAUUCAAAAAAAACAUUUUACAACUUAUGGGACAACUGCUCUUGCAUUUAACAAACAAAUUGAAUCAGAAUGUACUAUAUUAAAACAACUUAAUCAUCCAUGUAUUAUUCGAAUAUUUGAUGUCAUUGAUACAAAAGAAACUGUAUAUAUUAUAUUAGAAUUAGUUGAAGGUGGUGAAUUAUUUGAUCGUGUUGUUAGUCAAGGACAAUUUGAUGAACAAACAACAAAAUGUCUCUUUGAACAAAUGUGUCAAGCUAUUAAAUAUUUACAUGAACAAUCAAUUACUCAUCGAGAUAUUAAACCUGAAAAUAUUCUAUUAUGUCAACCAGAUACUAAUGAAACAUUAGUAAAAAUAACAGAUUUUGGAUUAUCAAGAUUUUUUGAUGAAACAAAUGUAAUGAAAACAUUUUGUGGAACACCAAACUACUUAGUUGGUUAUCCUCCUUUUUCUGAAACACCCGAGUUACCUUGUUUAACUGAUCAAAUUGUUAAAGGUUUAUAUACAUUUCCAAAAGAAUUUUGGUCUGGUAUAUCCAAUGAAGUAAUUGAUUUAAUUAAAAAAAUGAUGAAUAUUGAUCCAGUGCAACGUUUGUCCAUUCAGCAAGUACUUGAACAUCCAUGGCUACUAAAUGAUAAAGAUAAUAAAGAAAAAGUUCAUAAAUUAAUGUAUGGACCGACAACGGCUACGUUGCCAAUUGCAACUACAUCAAAUAAACGAAAGAGUGAUAAUGAUGGUGGAACUGCAGAAGUACCAACACCAAUUGUAGAUACCCGUUCAACAUCGAAAAAAUCAAAAAAAUAG